ACAAACUAAAUUUUAAGGUUCAAAAAAAAAUAAAUGAAAUAAAAAUUUGUAUUUCAUAUGUAUGGUGAAUAUUAGAAAAAUUUUCUACAAAAAUGGAUUUAUCAACAGCAUAUCGUUAUAAUCAAAAUAUGAUGGAAUAUUACACAUGUCAUGGUGGUGUAAAUCAAUUAGGUGGGGUAUUCGUAAAUGGUCGUCCAUUGCCAGAUGUUGUUCGACAAAGAAUUGUUGAAUUAGCUCAUAAUGGUGUUAGACCCUGUGAUAUAUCUAGGCAACUUCGUGUCAGUCAUGGUUGUGUUUCAAAGAUUUUGUCAAGGUAUUAUGAGACUGGCAGUUUUAAAGCUGGUGUUAUAGGCGGUUCAAAACCAAAAGUAGCAACUCCACCGGUUGUUGAUGCAAUUGCGAAUUAUAAGCGAGAAAAUCCAACCAUGUUUGCAUGGGAAAUACGUGAUAGACUAUUAGCUGAGGGUAUAUGUUCUCAGGAUAAUGUACCGAGUGUUUCAUCAAUAAAUAGAAUUGUACGUAAUAAAGCUGCAGAAAAAGCAAAACAUGUUCAUCAUCAACAACAGCAACAACAACAGCAAUCUAGCAGCAAUAAUAGUAGCAAUAAUAAUAACUUACAACCGAAUACAAAUAAUGAUAAUGGACCAAAUAGUGAUGAUAACCUUGGAAAUAGUGUUGUUAAUAAUGUCAAUAUUAUUGGUAAUUCAAGUAACGGUGGCAGUUCUGGUGCAGGAGGUGGUAGCCGAUGUGCGGGAGGAACAAAUGGUGGUAGUGGAAAUGGUAAUAAUAUUAGUGGCAAUAGUGGUAACAAUACUGGAAAUACAUCAAUUGGAACAACAAAUGUUCAACAACAAAAUCAACUUAAUCCUCAACAUCCGGGUAGUGGUAGUGGGGGAGAUAAUACAGGUGUUAAUGGUGGAACUGCAAACAAUAAUGGUGGCAAUGGUUCUGGUGGUUUAAGUAAUGGUAGUCACGUUGAGCAUAGAACUACAGGUUAUAGCAUAAAUGGUAUAUUAGGUAUUCAACAUACAACGGAUCCAAAUGGAAAUAGCAUAAAACGGAAACGUAUGGAUGACCAUGUAAUACUAAUUGCUGACGAAAAUCGUGAUAUUAAUAUUCAUCCAGACGAAGAUAUCAAGAGGCAGCGAAUUCAUUACAAUGGUGAUCAAUUAUAUUCAAAUCUUUGGUCUGGCAAAUGGUGCAUCAAGGACGAACAUAAACUAUUAUCAGAUUUAGGUACAGCAGCAACUACAAGUACAAACGGUGGUAGUACACCAUAUUAUGACACACAUAAUAGUUUUGUACCAACAUCCACGCCUUCAUGUACAGAAUCAAUAUUAUUUGACACAAUAUCUCAAACACAAACAUCAUUAUAUUCUCAAUCAAUUGGAGGAAACUCAUUAACUCCUUUAACACCUAUUUCAAUGCAAGAUAUGAAAUUAGGGCAAGGAAUACUCGAUCAAACAUUAACGUCAUAUCAUACAGUUCUCGAAAAUGGCCAUGGUGGCUAUACAAAUUUAGCCAAUUUUGGUAUUGUUGUUAGUCCACAUGGUGAAUCAGGUUCAUCACCUGGCUUACCAAUAACAAUUGUUACAAAUGAUACAACUGAUGGUGGUGCAGAUGGUGGUGGCCGAGGACCAGUCAAUGGUGGUAGUGCUAACAGCGAUAAUGGAAAUGGUGGGCUCGGAUCUCAACAUCAUCAACCACACCAACAUAUACAUCAUUCGCAUUCAGAACAACAUCAACAAACUCAGCAACAUCAUCAUCUUUCACAUCAUCAUCAAACACAUCAUCAUCAUCAACCUCAUCAUCAUCACCAACAUCAGCAACUUCUUUCAAACCGAGUAACAUCGACAUCCACAACAACAACAAUUACAAUACCGCAGUUACCAUCAUCAUCGUCCACAUCAUCAUCAGUAUCUAAUACAUCACUAACAACAGUAAUUCCAAAUAAUAAUGAGAACAAUAGUGACAAUACAACAAGAACGAUUGAUAACAAUUCAACGGUAACAAUACCAAGUGUUAUUGGUAAUAAUAAUGGUAUUGUGUCAACAGUGGCAGUUGCAGCAGCAGUUGUAGCACGUAAUAAUCAACAAAAUACAACGAAUAAUUUGAAUACAUUGGGAAAUAGCAAUAGUAAUAGUAGUAGUAACAAUAAUAACAAUAAUAAUAGUAGUAAUAAUAAUAUCAUGGGAGGAAGUAGCAUUACCAUUAAUGAUAGUAACACAGUUACAAACUCAAAUAGGACUGAAAUGAAUAGAAAUUGUUUAUCUCCGUCAAAUAAUCAACAUCAUCAACAACAUCAUCAACACCAGCAACAACAACAUGAUACUUCAUCACUUAUUGUAUUACAACCAUCGUCUUCAAGUGGAUCCACAGUAUCGGCUGCUGCUGCUGCUGCUGCUGUCGGUUAUUCAUCAAUGUUGCAAAGUUUUAGUCAUUAUCCUACAGGCAACAGUAGCGUAGUUCCUGGUUCAGAUUAUGCUUAUAAUCCUGCAUAUCCUCAAUAUGGAAGCGCGUAUGGGUCUUAUGGUUACAGCACAACUGCUAGCGGCCUCCUUAAUUCUUCAUAUUAUUAUGAUGGUCAAAAUCAAAAUACAGCAAUAAAUCAAGAUAUACGUUCUCCAUUAGCAGCGACAAGAGCAAAUUCGUUAGCAAGUGCAGCAUCACCAACUGGAAGUGCAUGCACCAAAGCCGAAUCAUCUGACAUAUUUUUAGUUUAGUACUUUAUAAAUGAAAUUGCAUUAAAUUAAAAAUCUAGUAUUAAUAAUACCAAUAAAUAAUGAAAAAUUAAUUAAAAUGAAAUACCAAGAUAACCAAUAAUAAAAAUUAAGAUAAAU